CCCUGCAUACAUUGCUCUUCUCUUCUCUACAAACAAGAUUCAGAGAAUCCAAUCCAGUCCAAUCCAUCUUCUCUUUGCCACUCUUCUCCGCUGGAGCUGCUGCUGCCAAAGUUUGUGUCUUUCUCUCUGUCCGUCCAGUAGAUGAGCAUGGCGGCGACGGCGGCCACGGCCACGGCGUGGCCCUCCACCUCCUCCUCUGUCCUCGCCCCCCGCACCCGCCACCACGUCACUCCCAGCCCCCGCGCCCUCCGCUCCGGCUUCCUCGGCCGCGCCCUCACCCUGGCCGCCGCCACCGACCGCCCCUCCUCCGUCUCCAUCUCCGUGCGCGCGGCCUGGGACGGGCCGCUCUCCUCGGCGCGCCUCAUCAUGCAGGGCCGCAACGUCAAGCUGACGGAGAAGCUCAAGGAGCACAUCGAGGACAAGGUGGGGCGCGCGGUGCACAACCACGCGCACCUGGUGCGGGAGGUGGACGUGCGCCUCUCCGCCCGCGGCGGCGACCUCAGCAAGGGCCCCAAGCUCUCCCGCUGCGAGGUCACGCUCUUCACCAGGCGCCACGGCGUCGUGCGCGCCGAGGAGGAGGAGGAGUCAUCCUACGCCUCCAUCGACGCCGCCGCCGCCGUCGUCAAGCGCAAGCUGCGCAAGAUCAAGGAGAAGGAGACGGACGUGCGCCACCUCAAGGGCACCAAGGAGUGGCAGUCCUCCGGGCUGUCCGAUGUCGAAGAUGAAUCGGAGGCAGAGGAGGAGGAGGAGGACGACGAGCUGGUCGAGGUCAUCGGCGCCGAGGACGAGGAGAGCGUGCUCACCAAGGUUGUGCGCACCAAGGUGUUCGAGAUGGCGCCGCUGACGGUGGACGAGGCGCUGGAGCAGCUCGAGAACGUCGACCAUGACUUCUACGCCUUCAGGAACGAGCAGACAGGGGAGGUGAACAUCCUGUACAAGAGGAAUGAGGGAGGGUUUGGGCUCAUCAUCCCCAAGCAGGACGGCCACGUCGACAAGGCCACCGUCAAUGCCAAGGAGAAGGAGCACCCCGUCGCCGGCUGACCAUGGCACCAAGUCACUCACUAGCUGUAGCUGCAUUAGUCGGUCUGUUUUUUCCCUGAUGAUGGUGGUGGGUGUGGUGUUUCAUCAGAUCAGACCAGACAGUCCCUCCCUUCUCCCUUGUGCAAAUUAACAGACGCUUUCUGAGCUGUGUUAACUCAUGAUGAUCCCACACACACACA